AUGAUGCUUUUCGGCUUGGGCAACCUCUUCUAUGUGUCAAUCCUCCUCGUCAACGCCGUCGCCGUGCUAUCAGAGGACAGAUUCCUUGCGCGCAUUGGAUGGGGUAACGCACCCACCGAACCAUCCUUCGGCGGUUCCAGUGAUGCCGCGAGCGUGAAGGGGAAAAUGAUUAAUCUGAUCAGUAGUGUCCGGACGCUGAUGAGGAUACCGCUGAUAGUGAUCAAUACCCUAGUGAUAGUCUACGAGCUCGUGCUUGGGUGA